AACCUGUCCGUCAAAAGAGUCUGUCUUGAAGAUUGUGAUGAGGGUCUGGAAGUUUAUACUUAACAUCAUGUAAAGCAGAGUUUUGCGUACAGUUGUCAAGAAAUCAAGUGUAGGAAGACAGCAAAAUUAGUUUUGUCUAAACCGUUUUGACACAGAUGAAGUGAUACCCUUCUCCGCACGUGAAAUCUUCUCAUCUGACGGAUCGUUAAACCACAGAGCCGCUCGGUGAAAGUUUGUUUUUGGAUUUUUUUGUCGCUCAAGAAAAUAAUAAGGUAAAAAGAAAUCGAACUUUCUGGUGUUACACAUCUGACUUUGUCAAGUUUGGAGUAAGUGUCAUUUCGUCAUGGAGAUGGCACGCAUUCUAGAAAUACCGCGUUUCAACAAAUCCACAACACGUCUUGGGUCACCAGUCGAGAUAAAAGAAAGGAAGCGGGACCCAAUAAGACAGAUUCUGGACAGUUUGUGCGAAAAUUCGUCUAGAGAUUCAAAAAUUUCUGAAGAAAAUGCGGACAGUGCUUUUACACCUAUAAUUAAGAGUGGUGCUUCGCCCGAGUUCCUUCCUGAGAGAACUCAAAGUUUGUGUUAUGAUGCUAGACGGUCAAGCGCGCAUGCGUUAUCAUCAAUUCCCGUCCCCGCAUCUCGGACAUCGUUUCUUCAUCCAGCCUCCAUUUUGUCCAAAACGACAUUGACAUCUUUCUACAGUCAUGUGACAAAUAUGGCGCCAUGCCCGUCAACGCAUGCGUACUCACGUGACCCGUUGUAUUUACAAGAACUCUCGCGCAUGUGUCAUCAACAUCAACAAUAUUUAUUGAGUAAACAAUAUCCAGAUUAUAGACAACAGCCGCUACCGACUUCCUCGGUAGGUGGCGCUCUCACAAAUGGCACACAAUGGCUGCCAUGGCUGGAUGCUUCGUAUUUUCCCAAUUCAGCGCACGAGACAUCACGAGAUUUGGCCAUGAAACCCGAUAUCUCAACCAAGGCGUCAAGAAUACCGGUGUCGCCACCCAGGUACCAUUGUGAUGACUGUAAAAAGAGUUACUCCACGUAUGGCGGUCUGUCGAAACACAAACAAUUCCACUGUGUCACACACGUAAAGAAGGAAUUCAGCUGUAAAUUUUGUGGCAAAUCAUACGGCUCAUUGGGUGCACUAAAAAUGCACAUCCGGACACACACCUUACCAUGCAAAUGUAAACUUUGUGGGAAGGCCUUUUCACGCCCGUGGCUCCUUCAGGGCCACAUCCGGACCCACACGGGUGAAAAACCUUUCCGGUGUGAGCAUUGCGGGAGAGCCUUUGCGGAUCGGUCCAAUCUGAGAGCACAUCUUCAGACGCAUUCUGACGUAAAGAAAUACGCCUGUAAAAACUGUAAUAAAACAUUUUCCAGGAUGUCACUUUUGUCUAAACACCGAGAGAACAAUAACUGUAGCCUCCAUCGGUAGCUGAUUGGUUGAAAUCAGUUCAGUCAAGAUGGCGACCAGUAUACAAACAUUCUUUAUCAAAAUAAUGGGAUCAAGUUAUAUAUCAGUGUUUGUGUGAGCGUGUGAGGCGUAGUUAGCAGUAACGCUAGUGUAGAAUAAUCAAUGCAAAUUCAUUCCGAUUUAAUUUCAUGAACUGUGUAUGGCUUUAAACCUACAGCCUAAUGCAAGCGACACGUGUGACUGUUCAACAAGCGUUCUGUCACCACGUAGAGCUGUUUUAAGCCAAUCUGUAUUGACUGAAGCUUGGUCCAAGAUAGGAACACUACGCAUGCGCUUAAGGAUUACUGUACCAAUGCCAAAACUGUAACUGUGUAUUGGAAACUGUUUUCCCGGCAUGAUUAUAGAUCUGAUAAAUUAUUUCUGUAAAGAAAACCAUACAUUGGGGGACUUUUUUAGAAGAAGAAUUAAAAUGAAAUGAUCUUCGUUAAAAUAUAAGCAAAGGGGCUAGACCGGGAAGGGAACCCUGAAUUUCAGUUUGGUAUCUUUAGCCGACCUAGCCACCUAAUCAACGGAAGUCUAGUUGCCUAAAUGUGCUACCGUUAUAUCGAAAACGAAUUAAGGGGAGGUUACUGUAUAUACGUAAAUCCACAGUGCAGUGGGACAAAUAUCCUUAAUACACAAUUCCAGAAAGCGCCGUGUAAACACUGCAUUUAUGUGUCUAAUAUUGUUAAUGUAUCAAAUGAUGUGUCGUACGAAUAAUGUGACAAUUGACGUGUCGUACGAACAUUGUAUCAAAUGAAGUGUCGUUCGAAUAAUGUGUCAGUCAGUUAACGUGUCGUUCAAUAAUGUAUCGGAUGGUGUGUCAUACGAAGAGUGUGCCAAUUGACGUUUCGUUCGAACGAUGUAUCAAAUGACGUGUCGAACGAACAAUGUGUCAUUUGACGUGUCGUUUGAAUAAUGUAUCAAAUGACGUGUCGUACGAACAAUGUAUCAAAUGACGUGUCGUCCGAACAAUGUAUCAAAUGACGUGUCGUAUAAGCAAUGUGUCAGUUUAUCUGUCGUUUGAACAAUGUAUCGAACGACGUGUCGUGUAAACAAUGUGCCAAUUGCGCAAUUUGGACGUUUGACAAAUAUAUUCAUUGAGUGUCUAAUGCGCGGAUCGUGCUGAAACACACGUGUGCUUAUUCUGGUUAAUGCGUUAAAUAUAUCGUGUGCAAAAAUGUGCUGAAUUUUAACUAUACUUGUCAUAAUAAGAACAUAAAUAUAGUGCGGAGACGCGUGAAAUAUGCGUUUAGCUGUAUGUUUGAAAAAUAUUGCAAAUGUGGUGAUGUGCUCAUCUUGUAUUUAUAUUUUUGCUGUGAAUUAUUUUUAAAUACACAAACAAAUUUUGCAAUGUUUCAUAAAGCAGAUGUACUGUAUAAUAAACUGAUUUGAUAGUUUAAUAAAAUAUAUAUUUUUGCAGUGAGUGUUCAAAGAGUAUUUAUUAAUGAUAUACAGGUUGUUAGUU